CCUUUCUUUCUCACUCUUUUUUUGGCAUUCUUCUUUUUUCUUGCAUUUGCGAUUGAACACUGUUUUGUCUCGGUCAACUUAUGUCAUUUAUGCAUUUGUCUCUUGCUUCUUCGCAAUAACUCGCUACUUUAAAACAGAAUUAGUAUUUCAGAAUUAAAUCCUUGUGAUUUGUUGAAUUUUUACCUACUCUUACUUGGAGCCAUCAUCUGUGAUUUUGUGUGGUUAACUGUUCUUUUUUGUGUGUUUGGUUCAUUUCUCUGCUUCUUAUUUCCAUCCUUUCUCAUCUGUUUACUUUUUAUUUUUUCUCUCACGUCAUUUGCUUUUUUGUGUACUUUUGUAUUACCCGAAAAUGGCCCAUAGUGAAGGAAAUAAGCCUUUUCAACGACUACCUGGAAAUGUCAAACCCAUUUUAUACGAUAUCACUUUGAAACCAGACUUGGUUAAUUUUACGUUUGCUGGUAUUCAGAGUGUACAAGUCGAAGUUGUGUCUUCCACUAACAGCAUUGUUCUUAAUUCUACUGAAAUUGAAAUUGUCAGUGCUUCUUUCAGCUCGAUUAAUGAUGGCUCAGAAAUCCAAGGUAGUAUCUCUUAUGAUGAGAAGGAUGAAAGGGCUAUCCUGACAUUUAAUGAGACAAUUAAACCAGGCAAAGGGCAUCUCAAAUUAGUCUUCAAUGGAAUCCUUAAUGAUAAAAUGGUUGGUUUCUAUCGAACUCAAUAUCGAUCACCUGUAACUAAUAAAGAUGAAUACGCAGCAACAACACAAUUUGAGCCAACCGAUGCUCGUAGAGCCUUUCCCUGCUGGGAUGAGCCAUCUAUUAAAGCCAAAUUCAACAUAACCAUCAUUGCUCCCAAAAACCGAAUGGUUCUGUCCAAUACUAAUAUCAUUAAGGAGGAAACUGACCCUAGUAAUGAGCAACUCAAGAUUGUCUCAUUCGAAACCACACCAAUAAUGUCUACUUAUUUGGUUGCAUUUGUUGUUGGUGAAUAUGAGGAGCUUGAAUCAGCUACAGCUAGAGGAACAAAGAUCAGAGUUUAUGCUCCACUUGGCAAAAAAGGUCAUGGCACCUUUGCCCUAGACGACGCAGUUGCAUACAUUGAAUUUUUCGAAGACUAUUUCAAAAUAAAUUAUCCAUUAAGUAAAUUAGACCACAUUUCAGUUCCGGAUUUUGCAUUCAAUGCUAUGGAAAACUGGGGUUUGGUCACUUACCGUGAAACAGCUCUUUUGAUUGAUCCAGAAAAUUCUUCCUGUUCGGCUAAACAAUCAGUAGCUCAAGUUAUUGCUCACGAAACAGCGCAUCAAUGGUUUGGUGAUUUAGUAACAAUGGAAUGGUGGACUCAUUUGUGGUUGAAUGAAGGUUUUGCUACUUUUAUGCAAUAUUUAGCUGUCGAAUCUCAUCAUCCAGAAUUUGAAUUUUGGAAACAAUUCGCCGCUGUAUCAUCUAUCGCAGCUUUAGAGCUUGACGGAAGUCAUGAAAGUCAUCCUAUUGAGAUACCAGUUGGCGCACCGGCGGAAAUCAACUCUAUUUUUGAUCACAUAUCAUAUCAUAAAGGUGCCUCUGUAAUUAGAAUGUGUCAUAACUGGAUUGGUGAUCAGGCUUUCCGUGAUGGGAUGAAAGAUUAUCUGACAAUACAUGCUUAUAAAAAUGCAUCCACCGGUGAUCUUUGGAAGGCUUUGGAGAAAGCCAGUAAAAAACCCGUUGAAAAGAUGAUGCCAACAUGGACAUGUCAAAUGGGUUAUCCUCUGAUAACGGUAUCGAUAUCAUCGGUAUCUGAUACAUCAGUUGUCAUUAACUUGAAGCAAGAAAAAUUCUGUAUUGACGGUAAAAUGUCUGACUCUGAAUCUAAUAUGCUAUGGUCUAUUCCUAUUUCACUGGUAACUUCAAGUAAACCUGGAGAAGCUAAACAAUUUGAUUUAUUUAGCGAUCGAUCAAUGAACAUAACUUUGGAUUCAUUUUCUUUGAAAAAUGGAUGGUUCAAACUUAAUCCAUCUUUAUAUGGAUUUUAUCGAGUUAAUUAUCCAGUCGAUAUGUGGAGUGCUCUUGGUCAAGCUGUCAAAAAUAAAACAUUAGCACCUUUAGACCGAUUGCAGUUAAUUGAUGAUAUUUUAGCUCUAAAUUUGGCUGGAAUAGUGUCAGUUGCUGAAGUAUUGAAAAUGUUGCAAAAUUACGAUGAUGAAGACGAUUAUGUUGCUUGGUGUGGUGUUGAUAAAUGCCUGAGUCAUCUAGAUAUUCUCAUAUCGUAUACCGAUUCAUACGAAAGUUUCCAAAAAUUCGGUAAAAAAUUAGUCUCAAAAGCUUAUGCAAGACUCGGAUUCGACCAAAAACCAGGUGAAGCAAACACUACAAGUCUCAUGCGUUCUCUUGUGCUAUCAAGAUUAAUAAGCUUCAAGGAUGAAAAUGUCAUUGCGGAGGCCAAGAAGAAAUUUCAAGCACAUGUUAAUGGCCAAAGUUUAUCUCCUGAUCUCAGACACUCUGUUUAUAUUGCAGUUGUCAAGUCUGGUGACUCAGAUUUCCAUGAAACACUUCUCAAGCUUUACAAUGAAACUGAACUACAAGAGGAAAAGGUCAGAAUAGCAACUGCCUUAGGAGCAACUCUGGAUGACAAAAAGAUUCAACAAACAUUGGAAUUUUCCUUCUCUGAACAUGUUCGAACUCAAAAUUCUUGGCAAGUCAUCGUCUCUGUUGCUUCAACGGCGAAAGGUCGACUGGCAGCUUGGAAGUUUUACGAGAAAAACAUAUCUGAAGUUAAAGAAAGAUAUGGUAGUCAUCGAAGUUCAUCCGUUUUAAUUGAGAAACUCUGUCAAAAUUUCGCUUCAGAAGAAAUGGCUCAAAAAAUAACCGAUUUCUUCGAAAAGAACCAUUUCGCUGGCUUGGAAAAGGUUGUUAGCCGUGCUAUUGAAAAGAUACGAGUCAAUACGGCUUGGUUGAAUCGAGAAGUUGCGCCACUUCGUGAAUUUUUCUCAACCCAUUAGAUGAUUUUUACAGCGAGGUCUAAUUUAACAAUUUUUAUAAAGUCUUUUUAUAUAGGUUUCGCAUUCAAUCGAGUAUUUCUUACAUAAAAAUUACGAACAAAAUUGAACUAAAUCUUUUACACUAGUUUUAUUUUAUAAAUUGAUAAGUUUUACAAAUCAAAAGUAUACACUAGAUAUACUCAUCAGCUCAUUUAUCAUCUAUGUUUUUGUAAUACUCUACUCUAAAUCAAUCUAAAUUUUAUUCAGUCAAUCUAUUCUUUCUAAAGUAAAUUUUACUUUAGAUUGGUUAAUCGAAGUCAAUUCAACGAACAUCUUUCGAGCUGGUUACAUUUUGCAUUUUUGAUCCCGAAUUUGAACAGCUGGCACCUGAUUUCAAUUAUCAAUUAUAUUUAUAUUUGUAAAAUGAAAUCUUUCAACACUAACUGGAUCUAUUAACUGAAAACCUACGCUUAGUGAUUUGUGCUCAAAAUUUCCGGUCACUAUUCAAGAAAAUGCAAUUUUUAUAAUUAUUUUGUGGUUAGAAAUUUAACAAUAUAAGUUUGGUUUCAAUAAAUUUUAAAGACACCUUUUAAUUGAUAAAA